AUGUUGCGCGAGAUAAAGAGCUUGUACAACCGACUCGCGUCGGCCGCCGUCAGUGGCACUGCGGCCCUGUUCGCGUCCAGACCGUUCCGAGCAUUCCAGCGCAGUUGGGGACGACCCAGGAAGGGCACGAACGGCGUCAACAACGACGACGGCCAAACCGUCAUCACCAUGGUCAAAACGGGAAAGGGUGGAGGACCACAUCCGGCGGCAUCCGGGCGGGUCGUGCUCGCCCGCAAACCAACACAGACCGAUGCAGUGGCACGGGAACUCCGGCGAGUACGGGAAGAGAAUGCCCGACGACAGCAGCACGAUUAUUCGCACGUUUUCCGGAAAAAGUCGCUGCUGGACUUUGUGCGCCUGUCGUUCGUGAUCAUGGGAAUCGAAAUCGUGUACUCCGCUGAGACGGCGUUCGUAACACCGAUCCUGCUCGGCAUCGGGAUCGAGCACCAGCUGAUGACGGUCGUGUGGGGAAUCUCACCGCUGAUCGGCUUCAUCGUUUCUCCAUUCUUGGGCACCUUCAGUGAUCGGUGCCGGUCGAGGUUUGGUCGACGCCGCCCGGUCCUGGUGAUGCUGGGCAUAGGACUCGUGCUAGGUUGUCUUUUGCUGCCGUUUGGGGAAACCAUCGGCCAUUGGUUAGGUGACAUCGGAGAAGCAGGAGUACCCGUUAUUAACAACACUGUUGCGAUCGACCCUGGGUCGGAUUGGAUCUUGUCGAGUAGCACUACCAAUCCCAGCAUCCAUUACCGAUGGGCGAUAGUGUUCACCAUCCUCGGCACUAUAUUGCUAGACUUUUGUGCCGACUCUUCGCAGGCCCCUUCAAUGGCGUACCUGUUGGAUGUCAGCUUACCCGAGGACCAUGGACAGGCUUGUAGUACGUACUCGUUACUGUCCGGGGUCGGAGGAUGUAUAGGAUACCUCAUCGGAGCGAUCGACUGGGAUGGAACGAUAUUGGGGGAUCUGCUUGGUGGCAACAUCAACACCGUGUUUAUUCUGGUGACGAUCAUCUUCGUGCUUUGCCUCACCGUAACGCUGUGCAGCUUUCGAGAAAUUCCACUUGCUCUCAUGGAGCGCGACGAGUUGCUGCAGCCACUUACCGAGCGCAUCAUUGCCAAGGAGCGGCAACAUCGUACCACCGAGCGUCAACUGGUGCCGGUGAAAGACCUCGCCGAUUCUUUGGUGCUUCAGCUAAACAGCGAGUACGAGCAACCGAACGGUCAUCACAUCACCAUGAACGGACACACGGAAAAGGAACCACUUCUGGGCAACGGCAGCACCGCACACACGACCAAAGACUUCCUCAAGACCACCUUCCGGAUACCGUCCGCGCUGGGGGUGCUGUGCGCGACGAAUCUCUUCUGCUGGAUGAGCCACAUCAGCUAUAGCCUUUACUUUACGGACUUUGUCGGUGAGAAGGUGUUCGGCGGUGACCCGAUGGCAAACUCCGACUCCGACGAGUACGCACUCUACAUCGAGGGCGUCCGCUAUGGAUGCUUCGGGAUGGCUAUCUAUUCGAUGGCCUCUUCCACGUACUCGUACACGAUUGAGCGGUUAAUACGGCGGUUCAGAGCACGGACCGUCUAUUGCGGUGGGCUGUUGAUCGAUUUCCUCGGCAUGAUGUAUAUGGCAGCGUUUCCCAACAAAAUCACCGUGUACGUGUUCAGCGUUACAGGUGGCAUCGUCAGUGCGCUGCUUUUUACGAUGCCGUACAUCAUCCUGGCAAAGUACCACGCGAAAGGAUGGCUGGACGCAAGUGGCGAAACCAGUGCAACCCAACCGCGCCGUGGGCUCGCCUCCGACAUCUCGCUUAUCGGCAGCAUGCUGUUCGUGGCGCAGAUCAUCCUUUCCCUCUCGAUGGGGCCACUCGUGACGCUAACCGGAACGACCGCCUCCGUCAUCUACACUGCCAGCGUGUGCAGCCUUAUAGCGGCACUGUGCGCCUCCCAGAUCCAGUAUCUGGAUCUGUAG